AUGGAUCAAGCACAGUACGAUGCGAUCAAGGAUAACUGGGCGGAGGUUGAGGACAGAGAUGGGGUCAGACUUAGUUGGAAUAUUAUUCCUUCUACGCGCAUGGAAGCGAACAGGCUGGUAGUGCCUGUGAGUGUUAUGCUCACACCUCUCAAGGAGCUCAAUAAGCCCCUCCUAAACUACGAGCCUGUCACCUGUAAACCUCCAUGCCGAGCCGUCCUCAACCCGUUCGCGAAUGUUGAUGUACGGGCAAAAAUAUGGAUUUGCCCCUUCUGCCUCCAGAGAAAUCAGCUUCCUCGUCAUUAUGGAGAUAUCAGCGCCGAGAAUGUGCCUCCAGAAAUGCACAGUCUGAACACGACCGUGGAAUACCAGCUCGCUCGACCAGCGCCCACUCCACCUAUUUUCGUUUAUGUUGUUGAUACUGCAAUUGAGGAAGAUGGAUUACAAGCCCUGAAGGAGACGCUUGUCAUGAGUUUGUCUCUCCUCCCAGCCAAUGCUUUGGUAGGUCUGGUUACAUUCGGAACAAAUGUUGCUGUGCAUGAAAUUGGAUACACGGAAUGCCAGAAAUCCUAUGUUUUCAGAGGAAGCAAGGAUUACGCUGCGAAACAGGUCCAGGAAAUGCUUGGUCUAUCGGCGCCAGGUCUAAGACCAAAUGUCCCGCCUCAACAAGGACGGCCUCCUCCACCAAUGGGACCGGCAGCACGGUUUCUACUUCCUGUUCAGCAAGCAGAAUUCCAGAUCACAAAUGCAAUCGAGCAGUUACAAAAGGACCCAUGGCCUGUUGCGAAUGACCGCCGACCACUGAGGUGUACUGGUGUCGCCACGAGCAUUGCAGUUGGUCUCUUGGAAACCUCUUUCCAGAACGCUGGAGCGAGGAUCAUGCUUUUCGCUGGCGGCCCAGCAACCGAAGGACCUGGUCUUGUGGUGGCGCCCGAACUGCGAGAACCUAUUCGAUCACAUCAUGACAUUGACCGUGAUAACGUCAAAUACUUCAAGAAGGCGCUCAAAUUCUACGAAAACCUUGCUAAGCGAACGGCACACAAUGGUCACAUCAUCGAUCUUUAUGUCGGUUGUCUCGAUCAAGUUGGUCUGCUUGAGAUGAAGAACCUCGCAAACUCUACCGGCGGUCACAUGGUCUUGACCGAUAGUUUUACCUCUUCACAAUUCAAGCAGUCUUUCGUCAGAGUCUUCGACAAGGAUGAGAAUGACAAUCUCUUGAUGGGCUUCAACGCAUCCCUUGAAGUUGUUACCACAAAGGAACUAAAGGUUACUGGCCUUAUUGGUCAUGCUGUGUCACAAAAUAAGAAGUCAAGCUCAGUUGGCGAGACCGAAUGUGGUAUCGGAAAUACCUGCUUAUGGAAGAUGUGUGGUAUUGACCCUACUUCAAGUUAUGGCGUCUAUUUCGAGGUCGCAAACCAGGGCGGCCCGACCCCAAUGCAGCAAGGCCCGCAAAGAGGCAUGAUGCAAUUCUUAACGUAUUACCAACACUCUUCGGGUCAAUAUCACCUGCGUGUCACUACCGUCGCCCGCAAUCUCAGUGGACCUGCUGGGGAUCCGACCCUGGCACAAUCAUUCGACCAGGAAGCCGCUGCUGUGCUCAUGGCUAGAAUUGCAGUCUUCAAGGCUGAAGUGGAUGAUGGACCAGAUGUUUUACGAUGGGUCGAUCGAAUGCUGAUCCGACUCUGCUCGCGAUUUGCCGACUACCGCAAAGAUGACCCGACGUCGUUCCGUCUCGACAAAAACUUCACCCUAUAUCCACAGUUCAUGUUCCAUCUCCGCAGAUCUCAGUUCCUCCAAGUCUUCAACAAUUCUCCAGACGAGACGGCUUUCUACCGGCAUGUGCUUAAUCAUGAAUAUGUUGGAGACUCAUUGAUCAUGAUACAGCCAACGCUAGAUUCGUAUGGCCUUGAGCACGAAGGCGGAGUCCCUGUUCUGCUUGAUUCUGCAUCGAUUCAACCUCAGACGAUUCUCCUCCUCGACACUUUCUUCCAGAUCCUCAUCUUCCAUGGCGAAACCAUGGCUGAAUGGCGAAAAGCAGGUUAUCAAGAACAGGAAGGUUAUGAGAACUUCAAGGCAGUCCUCGAGGCUCCAAAGGAGGAUGCUCGAGAGCUGGUCCAGGACCGUUUCCCUCUUCCCAGAUUCAUCAUUUGCGACGCUGGUGGAUCUCAAGCCCGUUUCCUGUUGUCUAAGCUCAACCCAUCGACCACUCAUGCCAGUGGUGGAUAUGGAGGCGUUUCCCAGACCGCACAGACCAUUUUCACAGACGAUGUCUCGUUACAGACAUUCAUGGAUCAUCUCAUGAAGCUCGCUGUAUCCGGGUCCAGCUAG